AUGACGACGCCCGCGAUCCGCAUUCCCUUCACGGGCCCAUUGCCGCCAGCCAUUAUAGUCCCGCCGUCGGCCAGUACCCUGGCUGGUGCGAUUGAUGCCGUGAGGGCCUUCUUUGCAGCGCCACCAGCCUUCACACUUCGAGGCGUGGAUGUGGGAAGACACUCCCAGACGGUUCUUUUGACUGGCGCUGGCAUUUCUGUCGCAUCUGGGCUGUCGGACUAUCGCGGUGAGCAAGGGACCUAUCGUCGGAAUAAAUCCUACCGGCCAAUCUACUUUCAUGAAUUCGUGUCACAGCACGAAUCGCGCAAGCGAUAUUGGGCCCGCAGCUUCGUGGGAUGGCCCGGCCUCGUAAAAGCACGGCCGAAUUCAACGCAUGAAGCUAUCAGAGAUCUUGGAAAGAAAGAGUAUAUCAGCUCGGUCGUGACGCAGAAUGUCGACUCCUUCCACUCUCUCGCUCAUCCGGAGCUAUCGACUUUGGAACUACACGGAUACCUCCGGUCAGUCGUCUGCACCAGCUGUCGUAACCAGUUCCCUCGACAGGAUUUCCAAUCCUCACUGGAGAAGCUGAACCCAGCAUGGGCGGAGUUCCUUGCGCGCAUGGUGGAACAAGGCGCGCUCGAUACCGAUAACCCGGAAGAGCAACGGCGAAAGGGCCUCAAGCUGAAUCCAGACGGUGACGUCGACCUCGCAGAGGCACCGUACUCGACUUUUCGAUAUCCGUCAUGUCCGACAUGCUUAGAAAGUCCCCCGACACUGACGGACGGCACCAAAGCCCGUGUCGAGGUGGAACAGGACGGCGCGUGGAUGGCGACUUCCAACGCUGGGAUACUGAAACCCGCGGUGAUCAUGUUUGGAGAGAACAUCGACCCAGCGGUCAAGACAGCGGCUGAGGAAGCGAUCGACGAUGCAGGGCGCCUACUGGUGCUCGGCAGCAGUCUGGCGACCUUUUCGGCCUGGCGGUUGGUGGAACGAGCGCACAAACGGGGCAUGCCCAUUGGCAUCAUCAAUGUCGGCGGCGUGAGGAACGAAAUGCUUCUCUUUGGCGGCCAUGGCCACUCGGGCUCAGGCCCAACGUUCCAUGUGCGCUGCAGCCAUCCCGCUCAGUCCAUCCUGCCGAGUGUCGCUGCCGGGCUCCCUCAAAAUCAUCUUUAA